AUGGACUCUAUUCAAAUACAGUCCACGCGAGACGGUCUCUUCAUUCUCUGGUUGAUCACUCUGUUAGUGACUAUUCUGGCAACCGCGGCUUAUAUCAAGUCCCAUUCAACACCAAGACCGUACUCCGGCUUUCCUGUGGUCACGCUCGAUGGCCCUUCGGCGACAGGCGCGAGUCAUGCCGCGAAUUGGUUCAGGCGCGGCCGAGCGUUGGUCAACAAAGGGCUGAACGAAGUGUCAGGGCCAUUCCAGUUAUUCAGCGGCAGAGCAUAUUGGAUCAUUCUGCCCAGUAAAUACAUGGACGAACUGCGCAAUCAUCCCGAUAUGAGCCUUCGUAAUGCACUGAGGGAGGAGAAUUUCCCUGACUACAGAGGUUUUGAUGGAUUGCGCCAAGCGUUCAAAGACUCAACGUUUACACAAGAAGUGAUUCGUGUCAAGGUGACGCAGAGUCUUGGAUUAGUUACAGCAAAUCUUGCCAACGAGUGUCAACACGCCCUGCACGAAUAUCUAGGCGAGUCGAGGGAGUGGCAGCAGCGCUUUAUCAUCGAGGACAUACUCAACAUUGUCGCCCAGUUGACGUCGCGGGUGUUCCUUGGGGAGCGCCUCUGCCGAGACAAAGAAUGGCUGGAGAUAACAAAAGAAUAUGCACGGAACUCCUUCCUGGGUGCGGAAGAGUUGCGCCAGUGCUCGCCGCUUACUCGUCCCCUCAUGCAGUUUUUCAUGCCUGCUUGCACACAACUCCGUAAAUUCUCCGCGGCUGCUAGACGCCUAAUUGAUCCAGAAGUACAAGCACGUAAAAACCGCGCCGAGGAAGCGAUGAAGUUAGGCAAGAAACCUCCAAAGGUCGAAGACACCAUUGGAUGGAUGGUGGAGAUUGCUCGUGGUCGACAGGUGGACUAUGUUGGAGGCCAAUUAGCCCUCUCAAUUGGCGCUAUCCAUAGUUCGACAGAUAACCUCUCCAAAGCAGUUGUAAAGCUAUGUGAGAUCCCUGAGAUUGUCGCCCCACUUCGAGAAGAGAUAACGAAAGUAUUGGAUAGCACUGGCGGCUGGUCGAAGUUAGCGUUAUAUCGCAUGAGGCUACUUGACAGUUUUUUAAAAGAGGUUCAGCGUCUUGCCCCUUUCACAAUCGUGGGUAUGCACCGCCGUGCAAUGAAAGGCUACGUGCUCAGCGAUGGAACACAUAUUCCAAAGAAUAGUCGAAUCUUGGUCAUGAAUGAAAAGCUCUGGGACAGCAGCGUCUAUGAAGAUCCCGAUACCUUCAAAUACGACCGCUUUGCCCGGCUCCGUGAACAGCCGGGCCAAGAAGAGCAGCACCAGCUGGCCUCAAUAUCUAGUGACUUCGCAACAUUCGGUUAUGGCGAGCAUGCAUGUCCCGGACGCUUCUUCGCCGCCAACCAGCUGAAGAUAGCUAUGGCAUGCCUCUUGCUCAAAUACGACUUUCGUUUCCAACCAGGCCAGGCAGAGAAGGCACGCGUUAUACCCUUUGAAAUGGUAGAAACAAUAGACCCUACUUUGAAGGUCGAAGUGCGGCGUCGCUCAGAAGAGCUAGAUGUCACAAGGGUAGCGAAGGAGACCAUUUAG